AUGAGUCACUUUCGAAUUCGUCCAGCAACACCUCAGGACUGUCCCGAAAUCCUGCGUCUCAUCAAAGAAGGAGCUGCUUAUGAACAUAAACCAAAUGCAGUUACAUUAACAGAGGAAGAUUUGCUUCAAGAUGGCUUUGGAGAACACCCUUUCUACUACUGUUUAGUUGCAGAGGUUGAAAAUGAGGAACAAAUAGAAAGGAGUUACACUGUAGGUUACGCCAUGUACUACUUUACUUAUGAUCCUCGGAUUGGUAAAUUACUUUACCUGGAAGACUUCUAUAUCAUGGAACCCUAUCAAGGUUUGGGCAUCGGAUCUGAAAUUUUAAAGAUAUUAAGCCAGACAACACUGCAGACCAACUGUAGCUGUAUGCAGUUCCUUGUAGUUAUCUGGAACAAGCCAUCUGUGGAGUAUUAUAUGAGAUGUGGAGCUUCAGAUCUUUCAACGGAAGAAGGCUGGCACCUUUUCAGAUUCAACAAAGAAACGCUUCUCAGAAUGGCAGCUGAGUAA